AUGCUCAAAAACCGACGCACACUUCAUUCAGGAUUUUGGACUCAUGGUGCAAUUGGACUCGAGCUUUCCCCAUUAUGGCAGCUUAUGUUGCAAGGGCCCGAUGUUGUCGAGAAUUCGAACCAAAGAUCACCUAAUGAUGGAACUUCGAGCGAAAAUCCUGGUGUGUUCUUGGACUUUCUCUAUCCUGCCGGCACACUCAAAUUUCUGCGACAAUAUUCGGGCUUGGGAGUUGAUAGGCGAGAUGGGAAGAGAGUAAGACUUGGAUUGAGGAGUUCUGGUUCUCGACUUUACACAUCGUCUGCUAAGAGCACUUCGCUAGCCUUGGUUACAGUAGAUGUACAGACGAAGGAAACUGUUGAAAUCAAGAAGCGUUCCAUAAUACCGGACGCACCUGAUGACGCAGCAACCAUCGCGACCGUUCUAGGGAUAACGACAUCAUCCCGAUUUGAAGAGGUGUGGCGAAAAUAUCGGCGUUUGCAAUUCGGCAGUUGGGCCGAAGAACGAAUUCGAAUCCAAGUUUUGGAAUACAUGGCGGCCUCAAAUCGAAUAGUAGAUGCGGAGAGGGUCACUAUAUUAUUUGAGCGAUGCGAUGAUCGUCGAGAGAAAGCAGAAAUAUACGAGGUCAUGAUUCGUACUUAUUUGAGACUACAGAAUUUCUCGAAGGCGAACGAAAUGUACCAAUACUCGCUCGAAAAGUUCAACACAACGGCUGGAGGAUCGGAGAUCAUGUUGCACCUCAUGGCAAACGGUUUGUGGCCACAAGCCUUCACUCUUUGGACAGAAGUUCAACUGCACGAUAAUCCCUCUGGGCCACGUUACGACAUGUUCAAAAGUUUACAUCAUUUAGAAGAUUUUCCCAGUAAAGCUUUGUCUUUGGCAAAGUAUGUCAACAAAUCGGAUGGCGAUUCUUCGAAUAGUGAUUCCUCACUGCCAUCCGAAGCCCUCACGAAAUUCGCUGCGGCCGUGAUCUCACCAGCUCUACUUAGUGCUAAACACUUUUCAAAUACCACAUUCUGGCCCCUCUUAAAACAUAUACAGGAUUGGGGACUUGAGUCCACCCGUCUUUAUGUAGAAACAGCAAAUAUGCUACUUUCUCUCGGUCAAUUACAGGCGGCUGUCGCGCUUUACAGGCAAGCUCGAGGAAGUCCAAAAAAGAGCCUCAUGCUUCCAAAAUCCAUGUUACACUCCAUACUGCAGAUAUUUUUCAGGGAACAUGAUUUGAUUGGAAUUCAAGAGAUAUUUGCAGAUAUCUUUCGUUUCAAUCAGACUCUAGAUCGGAGGUCGUACAGAAUAUGCAUGGACGAAUUCGCACGGAGCGGAGAUGCCGACACUGUUCACGCUAUAUUUGAACUGUUCGCAAAACGAUACAUGCAAAUAGAAAGUAAAUCGGCAACAUCCCCUAACGCUUUGGCAUCGGCUGACGAUAUGGCUCCCCUCCUACAUGUCCACGCAAGGAGAGGAGAGGCCGAACAAGUACUUGAGAUUUUUAAGAGUAUUCGGGGGAAAUAUCGCCUCAAGCCGACCAUAAUAUGCUGCAACAUUGUUAUUAGUGCUUAUGCACAGGUUGGGAAAUUUGAUGAGGCUUUCAAAUUUUUCGACGACACUAUCACGAAACGAAAACUUCGGCCUGAUGAUUACACAUUUGGAACUCUGAUGGGAAUGUGUGCCUCACUUGGUAAUCUCGAAAAUACUAUCGAGCUCUAUCGGAUGUCAGCUUCUUAUGGUGUCGAAAAGAGCACUGCUAUGGUUAGCACACUCGUCACUGUGUAUAUAGCAGAAGGUAGACUCGAGGAAGCCGAAACCAUCUGCGAAGAGGCCGUGACAUUCAAGGGCUCACGCACUCGUAUGUGGAAUUCUCUACUUGUUGCUUGGGCACAACGGUAUGACCUCAUCAAUGUCAACCGAAUUCUUCAAAGAAUGUCUUCGCUCCACAUAGAACAUAAUGGUGAUACGUAUUCGGCCCUUAUGCAAGCACUGGCUAUGGUCACACAACCGGAUCGUGCCUAUGAAAUCUUGAAAGAAGUUAUGCCAGAAGCUGGUAUAUCUGCCACGAGUCUACAUUAUGCGAUUGUGAUGGGUGGUUUUCUUGCUGCGCGGCGCUUCGACAUGGUCUUUCAAGUCCAAGAUCGAAUGCUUGAAGAGAAAAUUAUGAAAAAUGCCAGUACAAAGUUUCUGGAAUUAAGGACUCUAAUCCACGAUACCAGGCGUGCGUGGGGGGAUGCACGCGGUGCUCUAGAGAUUUUUGAACAGGUCAUCCGAACGAUGAAUACCCGCGACAUGAGUGAUAAAGUCAGGAAAGGUAUCGCGCACGAGCCCCUUGACAUUGCAUAUCCUGCCACAUUCUUCGGAUACAUUAUGUUUGUUCUCUCCAAAAAUAAUGAAACAGCAUCGGCCGAGGAUAUGUAUCGGCGCUUCUUGGGAAUGCUCCCAUCCGACAGAACAGCCUCACAACUAAGGGUUGUUACCGUUGCCUUGAUGUCAGUGAAACUUGAACAACUAGAUUAUGAUGCCGUGGAAGAUUUGUGGGCACAAUUCGUUUCUGACACCGAAAAGCGAGUUCGAUCUCUUCGGCUUCCAGCCUCGCUAUCUCUUGUAAAUAGUUCCAAAGAGGGAGAAAUGGCUAAAGGGGGUGUCGACCCUUCUUCCGAACAAGGUGUUUCCGGAGAUGUCGGAAUCAGUCUGCAGAAGGACAAGGAACCACUCAAGGCAGCACAUAGACUUGAUUUAGCAAAACCCUUGACCUUAUACAUGCUAGCUCUCGCAAGGCAAAGAAAACUCAACAUUUUGAUACGGACCGUCAACGAGCUUACGAAUUUGGGAUUUCAAUUGAGUAAUCGAAAUUGGAAUGAUUACAUUCAACAUCUUGCAAAGGCUCGCCAUGUCAAACUGGCCUUUAAGACAUGUGAACUGGUUCUUAUGGAUCAUUGGAAGGGAUGGUAUCGUGUCAGAGCUCAAACUGUUCAGACAAAUAGAUUACCGUUGGAAAUCAGAAGGCAUGGUAAGCUAGCUACGUCUCUACGUCCAGAUUACCGCACGUUUUUGUAUCUCACGAGCUGUUUCAUCCGCUUAGAAGCUAUGGCUGCGGAGUCGAAAGCUAGUCGACUUCUACUCAAUGAUCUGGAGCUUGAUUGUGCAAGGACCGUGAAUGCUAUUAAAACGAUGGUUAGAACGGGUGAUGAUUUAGAGCGAGAGAUUCUGGGGUAG